UCUUGUCAUGGAUAUUUCACCUAUACCAGCUUUUAAUCGUUCACGUUUUCAAGAAUAUUAUUUUCAGACUUUUUCCUUCAAAAAAUGCUGCUUUUUCCUUUUCAGCUUCAUUUUCUUGAUAGCCCUUGUGGUAGUGGUAAUUCCUUCCAUCAUUUUCUUAAGCUUGAAGCCCCAAAAGCCCGUUUUCUCAAUCCAAACGUUAAAAGUGCAAUCUUACAAGCUUGACGUUUUAAAUAACUCAGGCUCCGGCGGCCUCCUAUUUUCAUCGGUCAUCUCUCUGACACUGGUUGCGCAAAAUCCUAACAAAGUUGGCUUAAGGUAUAGGUCGACGCGAUUUCAUGUGUUUAAUGAAGGAGUAGUGAUCGGAAUGAUUCAAGUUCCUGCAUUUUAUCAACCUCCUUGUAGCAAUAACUUAACAUUGGAGACUCGAGUAAUAUUUUAUUGCGUGAACGUUACUCAAAUUUUGUCUAACAUUUCAUUGCAACAGAAGAGUUCGACAAAAAGUGUUACCUUGGCAAGCAUAUUGGGUGAUGUUGCAGCUCAGGUGAAACUUCUCAAUGUCAAUUUGCCCAAGGUGAAGUUGGCCGUGGAGUGCGCCAUAAAUAUUGACCAAAACUAUAUUAAACUCAGUAACCAAGUGGUGUACAGCGUGAAAGCAGCAAAAUAUAGUACGUUAUCUCUUCCAAUGAAUAUCAAGGGAACUUUCUCCAACAAGUGCUCUGCAUCUAUUUACAUCUAACGCGCUGAUGAUAUAGAUAUACUCCUUAUUAAUCACAAAAAGUGUGAAUGCUAUUAUUCAUUGUUUUCACUAAUUAUUCUUUUUUUUCUUUCAUUUUGUGAAGAUACAAUUUUGGAUGAAUAGUGUAUUCUUAUUUGUUACCAAGUUGUCGAAUAUCUAUGUACAUACAUGAUGGUAGGUGUGUACAAAGAAAACCGAUAAA